UUAGAACAAAACUUAUAUAUUAUUUACGAGCAAUGCAUCGAUAAGAAUAUCCCAUAAAGACAGAUACCCCGAACCCCAACUUCUGUAAACACCUCCUACUACUCCUCGAAAUGGCCGACGAGCCCGUGCUGGCGUCCCUGUCGCUAACACACGUCCACUAUGACCCAUCCGACCCAAUAUCCUACCUCUGCGCCUUCCUAGCGCUCGUGCCACAGGGUCUCUGCGUGAUGUACGCGACGCUAAUCUGGUCGACGCGGGAGAUCGAGAUCGCACUACUAUUCGCAGGCCAGCUCGCCUGCGAAGCGAUCAACUUCAUACUGAAGCGACUGAUCAAAGAAGAGCGGCCGCGGCGCAUGAACGGGAAGGGCUACGGCAUGCCCAGCAGCCACGCGCAGUUCGUCGCGUACUUCGCCGUCUCCGUCGCCCUGUUCCUGCUCCUCCGCCACCGGCCCCCGAGCCCGCGCGUCCUGCGGCGCAAUCACACUCCCAUGAGCAUGCUCGAGCGGGCCGCUUGGUGCGCGGUCGUUGCGGGGAUGGCGGCCGCGGUGGCGUGGAGUAGGAUUUAUCUGAAUUACCAUACGGAGAAGCAGGUUUUGGUGGGAUGGGCCGCGGGCACGGUCAGUGCGGUGGGAUGGUUUGUUAUCACGACUGUGGUGCGGCGGUCGGGCUGGUUGGCGUGGGGCUUGGAGACGCCGGUAGCGAAGUUUUUUCGAAUACGGGAUUUGGUCGUGGAGGAGGAUUUGUGUCAGGCUGGGUGGGAGAAGUGGGAUGAUAAGAUGACGGCGUUGAAGGCGAAGAAGAAGAACAAAUGACAUCUAUUCUGACCGAUAUACCCAACUAAACGCCCACCACCACCUGAUUUACUUGUAAAUAGAUACGUUAUUAUGGCCAUUUGACAGCAUAUGUUGAUGAAUGUGUAGAUAUGCCAUCGUAAAUAGCAAGAGGCUACCUG